ACCUGCUUGCAAGGUAGUUGGUUCUAGUGUCAAUUUCGUUACAAUAUCCAAUUAUCGGAAAUCGAUUUUGUAAUUUAAUCGAGUGGGUUUCCAAAAAAUUUUCUGUUGUGAGCUACACAUAUGUUUAGUUAUCGUAAACAAUAUUUGCAUUGGGGAGCUACAAAACCUAAAGGAGUAUUUUGAGUAUUUACCAUGCCUAAAGUUGUUUCACGUAGUAUUGUAUGUUCCGAUUCUAAAGAUCAAGAAGAAUACAGUGAAGAAAAACCAUUAAAUAUAUACUACUGUCUUUGUGGGAAGCUGACCUUAAUACUUGAUUGUACCAUUGAUAUCUUACCACUGCGGCCUGCGGACGGAGCUCGUGUUAUUGAUGGUAAAAAUCAUGCUCAUAAGCUGGCUUUUGAGGAAGGGAAGUCUCUUUACAUUAAACGUGAAAAGGGAUAUGAACGGCAAUAUCAUCUGAAUUGUAAACAUUGCAGUCUGCCUUUGUACUAUCGCCACGAUCCGGCUUCUGAUGUUACAUUUAUUAUUCGAGGCUCAUUAGUGCGUAAGAAGAUGGAAAAUUCCCUAGAAUCAGAAGAAGUAAUGACAGCCGAUUCAUGCAUUGAGGGUGUUGGAUUUGGUACUAGCGAAAAAAUUAUGGUAACCCGACAUACAAAGCACAUGGGUAAAUUCAGUUCUGUUACUGUGUCAACCAUUGACGAAGAGGAGGAUGAAAUCGAAGCUCGUGAAAUAGCUGAUAGUUACGCAAAUAAUGCAAAAAUUAUAGAGAAACAACUGCAGCGAAAAGGUGGAAAAUUGGCGGAUUUGGCUAUACGUAAUAAGACGGAGGAAGCACCCGUUGCAAAGAAAGCGAGAGGAACAUUGCUUGAUAUGUAAAUUAUUUAUGCCUUAAAUGAUAAGUCUUAUUUUAACGUUAUGAAAUAGAUUGUAAAAUUUAAAAUUUUAACCAUAAUUGCAAAA